AUGGGGAGAAGUCAGUGUGGAGCAAGAGUGCAGAACUUGUUCCGUGUGUUGCUGUUAUCUACCCUGUCGGUCAUCGCCGAGCUACACGCUUCUCAAGAAGAUGACAUCUUUGGGGAACUUCCCGAAUUCUUCCCGUCUGAUCCUCCGGAGCCCCUUCCCCAUUUCCUGAUUGAGCCCAGGGAUGCGUAUAUUGUGAAGAAUAAGCCAGUGAACCUGUACUGCACGGCUACCCCUGCCACUCAGAUCUACUUCAAGUGCAACAGUGAGUGGGUUCAUCAGAAGGAGCACACCACUGCAGAACAUGUGGAUGACACCUCUGGCCUCAUUGUCAGGGAGGUGAACAUCGAGAUUUCCCGUCAACAGGUGGAGGAGCUCUUUGGACCAGAGGACUACUGGUGCCAGUGUGUUGCUUGGAGCUCUGCUGGGACCACCAAGAGCCACAAAUCCUACGUCCGGAUCGCAUAUCUACGGAAGACCUUUGAACAGGAGCCGUUAGGGAAAGAGGUAUCAAUGGAGCAGGAGGUACUACUUCAGUGUCGCCCCCCUGAAGGUAUCCCAUUGGCUGAGGUGGAGUGGCUGAAGAACGAUGAGGUUAUCGACCCAGUCCAGGAUCGAAACUUCUACCUGACCAUCGACCAUAAUCUGAUCAUCAAACAGGCCCGGCUGUCUGACACGGCAAAUUACACAUGCGUCGCCAAAAAUAUAGUCGCCAGGAGGAGAAGCACCACAGCUACCGUCAUCGUCUAUGUUAACGGUGGCUGGUCGAUGUGGACAGAGUGGUCUAUCUGUAACAGUCGAUGUGGACGGGGCUACCAGAAACGCACGCGUACCUGCACCAAUCCCGCACCACUCAAUGGAGGCGCCUUCUGCGAGGGACAGAGCGUUCAGAAAAUUGCCUGCACCACCAUGUGCCCUGUUGAUGGUGGGUGGACGGAAUGGAGCAAAUGGUCACCGUGUGGGACGGAAUGCAUGCACUGGCGGAGGAGGGAGUGCACGGCCCCUGCCCCUAAAACCGGCGGGAAGGAUUGUCAAGGACCGGUAUUAGACUCCAAAAACUGCACUGACGGCCUAUGCAUGCAAAGUUUAUUUUAUCAAAUUGCCACAGAACAGAAAGGCCGCUCAGACUUUGGAUAUUCCUCUGCGCCAGGAUCAGAUGAUGUUGCCCUCUAUGUCGCUGUGGUGGUGGCGGUGAUCGUGUGCCUCGCCAUUUUGUUGGUCGUGGUGAUGUUUGUGUAUCGUAAGAACCACCGUGACUUCAGCUCUGACAUCAGAGACUCUGCAGCCCUGAACGGUGGGUUUCAGCCAGUGAGCAUCAAGACAUCCAGGCAAGAUAACUCCCACCUCCUGGCAGUUCAACCGGACCUCACAGCUGCUGCUGCCAUGUACAGAGGCCCCAUGUACGCCCUGCACGAUAUCUCAGACAAGAUCCCGAUGACCAACUCGCCGCUGCUCGAUCCCCUGCCCAACCUUAAAAUUAAGGUGUACAACUCCCCCUGCGGUGUGACACCCCAGGCUGAGCCGGGGGACCUGGCAUCAAAGCUCUCCCCACAGCUCACGGAGUCACUCCUUGACAACGAGGCCCAGAAUGUCAAGAGCCAGAGCCCAGCUCAGCAGAAGGAUCCAUCAUGCAGUACUUUUGGGAGUUUCAACAUUCUGGGAGGACAUCUCAUUGUACCCGACUCAGGAGUAAGGUUACUGGUGCCAGCAGGAGCCAUUCCCCCAGGCAGAGCCUAUGAGAUGUACGUAACAGUCCAUCGGAAAGAUAACAUGAGGCCGUCACUAGAGGGCAGUCAGACAUUGCUGAGCCCUGUGGUGAGCUGUGGUCCACCAGGUGCCCUGCUGACCAGGCCUGUGGUUCUGUCCAUGCAUCACUGUGCUGAACCCAACAGUGAGAACUGGCUCAUCCAGCUCAAGAGUUUGUCAGCUCAAGGAAACUGGGAGGAUGUGGUGGUUCUAGGAUCAGAGACACUCACCACCCCCUGUUACAUCCAAUUGGACCCCCAAACUUGCCACAUAGUGACCGAGCAGCUUGGCACCUACUGCCUGGUGGGACAAUCCAUCGACAAGUCAGCAACCAGACGUCUGAAGCUGGCCAUAUUUGUGCCAGUGGUCUGCAACUCACUUGAGUACAGCAUCCGUGUCUACUGCCUGGACGAUACGCAAGACACUCUGAAGGAAGUAAUUCAGCUGGAGAGGCAGCUGGGAGGGCAGCUAGUGGAUGAACCAAAGACCCUUCUAUUCAAGGACAGCACUCAUAACCUGCGUUUGUCCAUCCAUGACAUCCCCCACUCUCUCUGGAGAAGCAAGCUGCUCACAAAGUAUCAGGAAAUUCCUUUCUACCACAUAUGGAGCGGCUGUCAGAGGAACCUUCACUGCACCUUCACGCUGGAGCGUUUCAGUCUAAUCACCACCGAACUGGUUUGUAAACUGUGCGUGCGACAGGUUGAAGGCGAGGGGCAGAUUUUCCAGAUUCAGAGCACCUUGCCUGAGGACAUUCAGCCGAUGGAUGGUUCGCUGGUGGAACCGGACAGCAGCUUGACAACCUUGAUGGGCCCCAAUGCCUUCCGAAUCCCCUUCUCAAUCAGGCAGAAGAUCUGCACCAGCCUGGACGCUCCAAACAACAGGGGCAACGACUGGAGACUGUUAGCUCAUAAACUGAGCUUGGACAGUUACCUGAAUUACUUUGCAACGAAAUCCAGCCCCACCGGAGUCAUCCUGGACCUGUGGGAAGCCCAGAACUAUCCGGAUGGGAACCUGAGCUCCCUGGCGGCAGCCCUGGAAGAAAUGGGAAGGCAUGAGACAGUGGUCUCCCUGGCGACAGAGAUAAAGCGCUGACCCUCGGGGUGGGUGCCGGUUCAGUGAAGCAGGAACGGAAACCAACCAAUCGCGGGCGGCUUGCGCCAGCCGAUCGGCUGGGGUUAAUCCCGCUCUUUCUGAAAAUGUCCUUCCAAUAUUGUGUACGUUAUUGCGAGGUUUAAGCAUCGUGCUACAGUCUGACUAACACCUGCUCACCUAUCUACUGCUGUUUCUUCUCAGCUUGGCUGUGUGCAGCUCGGUACAGGUAUUUAUGGUUUCCUAGGAAACGGAAUUAUCUAUCCAAAUGUGUGGAUAAACUUUCUUCAUGAUCCUGGUUUCUGCGAUUACACCAAUUCUACAAGAGCCAAUCUGCUUGCCAUGCGUCUACAGUGUCAGGCUCAAGGCCCAAUAUCAAGAAAGGCAUCUGCCCUCCCUUCUGUUUUGUAACAACGCUGUGCAAAGAGGGUUGAAAUUGUGAAGGAAAUAUUUUCUUUUGUAUACAGGCUCCCGAUUGAGAAUUGUUUUUUUUUCUCUCUCUAUCUCUCUCUCUCUUUCU